CCAUUUUCAUGUCGGUCAACAGACAUCAAAUCCGACACGAACCCUCUCCCUCUCUCUCUCUCUCUCUCUCUCUCUCAGAGCUUCUUGCGUCUCCCCUGUUCUUUCCUCGAACAGGGCAGAGAAAGAAACCGUCAUUGCUCCCCUGUCUCUCCCUGUUUCUCUCUGUUCCGUCUCUGCCAGCUGCUCUUCGGAUUGCCGGUCGGUUCUUCUUCAACGCCGGUGUGAACGGUAGAGGAGAAACCGGCAUAUCGGCAUGUGUUUCAUAUCGCGCCGCUCUCGCGCGCACGCACUCACAGCCCCCCCUCGAAAAUAUAUUAUCUUUUCCACCCUUUCUUACUUAAGAGCCCCAGUAAAAACAAAAGUAGCAAGCCGUUCUUGAUUUCCUCUUUGCCACCCCAAAAGAGAAAUAGAAAAGGAAGAAGGAAAGGAAAAGAGGGGUUUAGGCCGAAGGUGGUAGUUGUAGUACUCCUACUAUAUCAAUGGCGGCGGUCAAAGUUUGAGUUCUUCAUCGGUGAUAAAAGCCUUGUCAUCAUCAAAGAAUCCCGAACAGCAUCCCUCGUAUAUAGCCGAAGACAAACCCUUCCCCCUCAACUUCCGGUGGUAUUCACAUACGCGGCCCUCGUUUUCCACCCGCUUUUUACUCCCUUCUUGUUUUUUCCUUCUUCAUCUCUGUCCGAUUGGUUUUCUUUCUUUUCUUUUCUUUUCUUUUCUUUCAUUUUCAUGUGCAUACUUCUGAAGGUGGCGAGCCAGGGGAAGUCCGGGGACCACACGAGCACACAUGUUUCGAGCGGCGGCGAUGACGACCGUGGCGAAUCGGCCGAUUAUGCUCGCGAGACGCCCUUGAUGCCGCCGACCCAGCAAGCAGCGCAACCGCUGCAGCAGCAGCAGCAGCUAUUGUUCGACCAAGCCGCCGCCGCCGCCGCUACGCGUCGGCAAGCGGGCGCCUUUGUGCCGCAGCGGCUCGCGCUGGAGCCGCACGACACGGAGAUGAUGGCGAUGGUGUCGGCGCUGAGGCAAGUCGUGUCGGCGGGGCAGCGGGGGCGGGGGCUCGGGGAAGCUUUGGCUCCCGCUUCGGUCCCGUCGUCUUCAGCUUCGUCCUCGUCACCUUUCCCGACCUAUUCGCCUUUCGCUUCAUCAUCACCCGGUCCGUCGAGCUUCGGGGACUCGGGUUCGGGUUCGGGUUCGGGUAGCUGGGUCGGGCAGAAGAGGAGACGCGAGGAGGAGAGCUCGUCCUCGUCGGGUCACCAGCUGCUGGAGUCUAUCCCGAGGAGUUAUAGGGUUUACGGCGAUUUCGGCGGUGGCUCGUCGGAGAAAGCCGAGCCGUCUUCUCCUAUCGGUGCGGAAGAAGCCAAGCCCGUUGUGCCACCGCCGCCCGCCACCACAGCCGCCACUGUUACAGCGGCAGUGCCACUGGCACCUGCCGAGCCGGCGGCCGCGCAGGGCGAGAGCGGGGAGAGGAGGAGAAAGUACCGGGGAGUGAGGCAGAGGCCGUGGGGCAAAUGGGCAGCGGAGAUACGGGACCCGCACAAAGCCGCCCGGGUGUGGCUUGGGACGUUCGACACGGCUGAGGCCGCUGCCCGGGCCUAUGACGAGGCCGCCCUCCGCUUCCGUGGCAACCGGGCCAAGCUCAACUUCCCCGAGCUCGCCCGGCUGGUGCAGCCAAUGCCGCAAGGCGUCACGGGCUUGGCGGCUGCCAUUCCGAGAGCAGCGGCGGCCCCAUUGCCCCCUCCACGGCAGCCUCCGCCACCGCCGCAGGGGUCCUAUCCACCCGUUCAGGGCACCGAUGUGUUCAGAGAUUAUUGGGAAUAUUCAAGACUUCUUCAGGGGCAACCUUCAAACUUGUUGGAGCAGAUGAUGUAUACUUCCCAGCUUCAACGGUCCGAAUUCCCAUCCCCGUCGUCAUUCUCGGUCUCAUUCUCCACUCCAUCAUCCUCCUUAUCCUCGUCCUCACUAUCAUCUUCUUCUUCGAUACCGCCGCCACAGCCACAGUCGCCGUUUUUCGCGCCCUCCGGUCCAUCACCUUCUACUCCUUUUCCUCUGCUUUACUCCGGGCGGCAUCAGCAACCCAGCUACCCGAGGCAGCCGCCGUUGCCGCCGGGCAAUCAAGAUCAGGGGAGCAGCGGUGCCGGGACAUCUGUGCACCCACCACCGCCGCGGCCGCCGCCAUGGCCCGGUUCGGGCCAACACCCCCCAUCAACUAGCUCAUGACGGUCCUACACUCCCUACUCAUGUACUGGAUUCUUUGAUUAACAAAAGGUAAAAAUUUUCUUGUCAUAAAAUAAUUGUCAGGCGAUUGGUUUUUAGGCCCUUUGUUUCAUCUCCUCCCUUUCUUUUUCUUUUUUCCCUUCUUUUCUUCUUUGUAAUCUCGCCCCUUGUUCGCACAGCAGAUUGUAUUGUAAAAGACAGGAAAAAAAAAAGGGUACGAUUUAUAGGAAAAUACAAACUAAUUAAAAGAGGACAGUGUCGAAAAUAUGAGGU